AUGGAGGCAUGGUGCGAGAUGCCGCGGCUGCGUCCAAGGAUGGUCGUCUCAUCCCAGGCUCUGGAUGGCCAGUACAAGAAGACGGCCUUGACCCCACGAACUUGGACAGAUCGGGCAACCCAACCUUUUUUUUUCUUCUCCCUCACUUUGACCAGAACCCUUUUUUCGACUUUUGAUCCUUCAAGAAACACACGGACGCUUUUCUUUUCUCGUGAUCCACUCCUACGGCCUAACGAAACGCAAAGCUCUUCACAAGAAAUGAUGCAGUAUCCACUGAGUCUGUCGGCGCUCGCCGCCCUCGUUCCCUUCGUCCUGGCUGCGCCCCAACAGCAACCUCCUCCCCCAGGGCCGCCGGCCGCUUGCGCGCCAGUCAACAUCAUCGUGGCCCGCGGCAGUCUCGAGGCGCAGGGUGUCGGUCUGUUGGGCAAUAUUGCCAUGAACACGUCGAAUCAGAUUCCUGGUUCCAUUAUUACGCCGCUGGUGUACCCGGCCCAGCUCGAUCCGUAUCCGCCGUCCGUCUCGGCUGGUGUCAUGAACAUGACGACUCUCCUCAACCAGCAAGUGCAGCAGUGCCCUCAGACAAAGCUCGUUUUGAUGGGUUACUCUCAGGGCGCACAAGUCUCGCUGGAUACCCUCUGCGGUACCACUGACGGACCCAACUUCAAUACGACUGCUGCUCAGGCACCCAUGAUCGGAAGCAAGAUCGCUGCCGUCGUCCUGUUCGGCGACCCAACCUUCAUCGCCAAUCAGCCCUUCGCCAAGGGAACCUCCAAGAAGAAUGGCAUCUUCCCUCGCCAGGACCUCGGCCCUUGUCAGAGCCUGACGAGCAAGUUCGUGUCCUUCUGCGACGACACGGAUCUCUUCUGCGCCUCGGGCCAGAACCUGACUGUGCACCUCGGCUACUUCUCAAAGCAGGACUACGUCGCCCAGGCUUCGACAUUCGUCGUCCAGCAGACCAAGUGA